AUGAUUAAUGCUCCUAAACCUCACAUCUUACUUUUUAAAUAUGAAAAAGGUUACCAACUCAAGUAUGGAAUUCCACAACCUCAAAAUGAAUUAGUUGAGCAAGAUAAACAGAAUGUGCAGUAUGAACAGGAUUCUCA